GGCGCGGAGGGCGUUGAUUGGACCGCUCCCUUCUGAUGGUAGAUUUGAAUUUGUUGUGGUGAGAAUAGUUACAGCUCCGCGUCCCUCUCAACAUGGCCCAGAAUAUCGCACCUGUGACUGCCUCCAGCAGCAAUGUGGCCAAGAGCAGCCCGGAGAAGGCGCUGGCGGGGCGGGACAGCCACUCAGUGACCAAAAGACUGCAGCAUGAGCUCAUGACACUCAUGAUCUCCAAGGACAAAGGCAUCUCUGCCUUUCCUGAUGGAGACAACCUUUUCAAAUGGGUGGGCACCAUCACUGGCCCAGCCUCCACAGUGUAUGAAGGGCUGUCUUACCGUCUGUCCCUGGAGUUCCCCAGCAGUUACCCCUACACAGCACCCACUGUCAAAUUCAUUACAACUUGCUUUCAUCCCAAUGUUGACUUGCAUGGCAACAUCUGCCUUGACAUCUUGAAGGAAAAGUGGUCAGCAUCCUAUGAUGUGCGAGCUAUUUUGCUCUCCAUACAGUCACUGCUUGGAGAACCCAAUAAUGACAGUCCCCUCAAUGGCCAUGCUGCAGAGCUCUGGGCCAAUCAGACAGCCUACAAGAAGCACUUGCUGGAACAUUACAAAAAGGCAAACCAGUCCUGAUUCCCACGACUCAUACUCUGCAACCAGGCUGUGGCAGUGCUAAAGGCAACUGUUGCGUGGCUGUCAUCUCGUCAGUUAUGUUAGGUUAAGGCAUAAUAUUUUAUAACCAGCUAUUUUAUUCACUCUAUGCCAGGAGAAGUCCAAAAUGUAUAAAAGAUUAUUACUAUAUAGUUAGGUUUUAAAUGAUCUAAUACUUCUAUUGUCACUAUCAUCUUAAUCUUUCAAAUAUUGAUAUACUUCAUGGAUACAGUUUAAUAUGUUGGUGUAUGUUAGCCACUUCAUUCCAUCAAUAGGAUGAAUGGCUGGUCUCUCUCUCUCUCCAGUGUGGAGCUCCAGGUGUCAGCCAUUGGCACUCAUGUUGCUCUGUGAUCUUUAUUGUCUAAAUCUUCCUUUUGUUUAUAUACUCAAUGUUUUAUCAGUGGAUGAAGACUUAAGAAGUGGGUUUCAGGUAUUUAUCAAAGGCCUAUAUUUAGGGAUUAGAAUUUUUAUAAGAAACACAUUAUGUAAGAUCAGAAAAGUUAUUGCAUGUUAUGAUGACCUGUGUUGAUUAUGGUAGAUAUGUUUUCUGUCUGUGAUCCAUAUUAUGAACAAAUCUGCCUUUCUGCAAUCAUCCCAGUAAAAACAGUGGUUUUGAAAGGAAAA